ACAUACCUAUAAACUUUGCCUCAACGGGUUUCCAACCGCUGCAAGAGGCAAAUAACAUCCUUUCUAGUUGGUUUGCUAUAAUUGAAGGUUAUCAGAGGUGUUGCGAGUGACAAUAGCCAGAACACAAAUCUAAGUUACCAUGAAGUCCACCUGCCUGAUCAUUCUGGCAUCUCUGGCAGUCUGCAACCUGACCGUGGCUCGAGGACAGAGCAUCCCCGAUCAAGAGAAAACGGGAGACCGGCAGAUAGACGAUAUCAUCCUACAGAGGGCCGAGGGCAUCCUGCUCCGCUCCAUUCUAAAAAUGACAGAGGAUGAGGAUGGUGUGAAUGAGGCAUUGUCCUCUCAGCCAGAGUGGCUAGUGAAGCGGCAACACCCUGGUAAACGAGAGGAGGACGAGGACGAAGACUCAGGGGAGGUCCAGAAAAGACAGCACCCAGGAAAACGUGAAGACGAAAUUGACUCUUUUGUGGAGCUCCAGAAAACGCAGCAUCCAGGCAAGCGCUCAAUGCUGGAGCAGAUUACAGAGAACUCCGCAUUUCUAAGUGAACUCUCCAAACGGCAGCACCCGGGCAAGCGGUACCUGAUGAUGUACAGCAAGCGCCAGCAUCCUGGCAGGCGAGAUGUGGACGACGAGUCAGACGCAGGGGACCUCCAGGAGUUGGAGAAGCGCCAACAUCCCGGCAAACGUUACUGGUAUAACAUGAGUCCGGAUUUGGGCGCCAACAGUCCCUGUGACGUGUUGAACCCUGGCUGCAGUAAAGCCAACCUGUUGCUCGAGCUGUUAGACAACGUGACAAAGAGUCGCGCCGCGGAGAAGAGACAGCACCCGGGCAAAAGGUCCGCACCUGACGAGGAUUUGACUGAACGGGAGUGACGAGUGGGCUGGCGCCUGCGAAAUACUGUGUUGUAAAAAAAAAAUCUAUGUGUAAAUUGAUACAAGUAAUAAUUUCAAGUGGUUUAUUAUGAAUAUAAUAUGGACCCCUCUGCCAUGGGUAGUCUAUAGUUUAUUUGGCAAACUGCUUUUAUGACGAAUAUUCAGAAAACGGCUCCAGAAAGUAUACUGAGAAAUGUUUAAAUUAGAUAUUAUUAUUAUUAUUUGUUUUUUUGUUUUUGGGGGGGGGGGGGGGGGCUUGAGUGUAAUUAAACACACUUGAAUUGCCAGAAUCAGUAACGCUCAAAGGGAUUUCAACUUAAUGAAUAGCUGUGUUGUUUGCUGGACCAAUAUUGUUGUCAUGAGAUGCUCAGAAAUGUAUUCGUUUUACAGAUUAAGCCUACGUGACAAAGAAAAAUAAUAAUAAAGCGAAGCAUCUCAGGGAAAUAGCUUUUGGCUCAGCAGGCAGGCAGCCUGCAUCCAACAGAGGACGCAAGCUUUAAAUCUGCUCUCUUCGGUCUGGCCUUGAAUUGCAUGAUUCUAAGUGUCAGAGUUAUGUAGACCAAAUUGACCUGUAGUUAGGUUUAUGAUUUAAUGCGUUCAAGUUGUAAAACACAAGUGAAUGUUCCCCGGACAUAUAUAGUGGGUCUCUGGAUUAUUUUCUACUUGAAUAUAUUGCAUGGUAUAAAAACGGAUUAUUAUUGUACAUUUUCUGUUACUUUUGCCUUAAAGCUUAUUAGGUUAUGUAUCUACAACGCUGUUAUAGGCCUACAAUAAAACGCAUUGGUACAGAU